CGGAGCAGGAGUCACAGCGUCACGUGGCUUACUGUAGCUGUAUCCAUAAUAAUCUAACACAUAGAUGUCUAUGGAUAUAUCUACAUGUAGCACAUUUCAGCAGGCUCUGGUGGAGGUCACUGUGAUCUAACAGCGUUAGUGGGACUGUCACAUUGUUGCCAUGGCGAAACUCUUUGAGUCCAUUGGAAAGCUGGGAUUGGCCUUGGCUAUUGGAGGAGGUGUAGUCAACUCUGCUCUAUACAAUGUGGAUGCGGGACACAGGGCUGUCAUCUUCGACAGGUUUCGAGGUGUCCAGGAUGAUGUUGUUGGGGAGGGCACACACUUCCUUAUACCCUGGGUGCAGAAGCCAAUCAUCUUUGACUGCAGGUCCCGUCCACGUAAUGUGCCAGUCAUCACUGGUAGCAAAGAUUUGCAGAAUGUGAACAUCACGCUAAGAAUCCUGUUCCGACCAGUUGCUGGACAGCUGCCCCGGAUUUUCAUGAGUAUUGGAGAGGACUAUGAUGAGAGAGUGCUGCCCUCCAUCACCACUGAGGUUCUGAAGGCUGUAGUGGCCCGUUUUGAUGCCGGUGAGCUCAUCACUCAGAGAGAGCUGGUGUCCAGGCAGGUCAGUGAAGAUCUGAAUGAAAGAGCAUCCACCUUCGGUCUCAUUCUAGAUGACGUCUCUCUGACACAUCUGACGUUUGGCAAGGAGUUCACUGAGGCUGUUGAGAUGAAGCAGGUUGCACAGCAGGAGGCUGAGAGGGCCAGGUUUGUUGUAGAAAAGGCAGAACAGCAGAAGCAGGCAGCCAUUAUAUCAGCUGAAGGAGACUCCCAGGCUGCGCUAUUGAUCGCCGAUUCUCUGGCAGUAGCUGGUGACGGCCUGGUGGAGCUGAGAAAGCUGGAGGCAGCCGAGGACAUCGCCUUCCAGCUCAGCCGCUCUCGCAAUGUUACCUACCUCCCGUCUGGACAGGGAACGCUCCUUCAGUUACCACAGUGACAGGGAAACUAGAGAGACACACACACUCACUUCACUUUUUUUUUUGUUCUAAUUUUGGCUACUUUUGGAAAAGAUGAUGUCUGUAGAACCCAUGAAACUAUCUGAUCAGCCUAUAGGCUUUCUUUAGUCCAAGAGUUUCUUACUCUAUUCCUGAAAGUAUGGACUGCCACAAGGUGGUUACAGCAAUUGGAAAGAGUCAAGGGGAAGAGUCUGUGUGUAUGCAAAUGUGCUGCCGGUGCAUAUGUAUUUGCAUUUGAAAUGUUUGCUAAAUGUGAGUUGAUAUUGUUUGAAACCCAUAAGCCUUUCAGUUAAAUUCUCCAUCAGAAGAAUUUGAUCUAAAUACCAUGCAAAGCUAAAUUAAACUGUACAUUAAUGAGCAGUAAGACACACUGCACUGCAGGAUGAUUGACAUCAAUCUCUGCUCCUGCAGGACUGACUGUGUUGUUGAAUAUGUUUUGUUAUUGUGUGUAUGUGGCAGAAGGAAUGCCCUUGUAUUCCGCAAGUGGCGAAUUGAUAAAAUAAUCAAUAAACAAUGAAUCAUUUAUAUUAAACCAAAA